AUCCUUUAUAACCAUGGGGGCUCCUUAUCAGCAGUCAGUGACGAUCUGGUGUUCGGACGGGAAGGCUGUGUUGUGCUGUAGCGCCUUGGGGGGAGGAUACUUGUCUUGCUAACUUACCAGGAAAGUCGUCAAGGUGGCUGUGAUCCCGACCCAGGUCCCCGGCACCACGAAGCCGCCCCACGAUGACCGACCCUUUGGCUAGAACCGUCACCUUCCAGUCGCCGCAGCAAAGGCCUCUCGAGCUGCGCCGCGAGCGCCGCUUCCACUCGUUGUCGGAUGUGGUGUUCGAGAAUGUGCGACGCCAGACAUUCACCAACUGGCCGGUGCCCUUCAUGGACCCUGGACAGCUGGCUCAGGCGGGCUUCUUCUACCUCCAGAAACACGACCACGUUCAAUGUGCCUUCUGCCGGGGCGUCGUGGGCUACUGGGACCCCGCCGACCACCCCUUCGAGGAGCACCGCAAACACUUCUCCUCGUGCAGGUUCGUGAGCGGACUGCCCACCGGCAACGUGCCCCUCUACCACCCCGCCGACGACACGGGCCGCGUGUACCGCCUGCUGGAGGAGUACCACCAGUUCAGGGUGAGCAGCACCAGGCCCGUCGGGAGCGCCUACCACAGCGACUCUACUCAGGCAGACGCUGGGCAGAUGUCGUACCCGCAGUUCAACACAGAAAACGCCCGCCGCCAGACCUUUCGGGAGUGGCCACAGGGGCCGGGUCUGGCCCCCGAGACCCUGCUGACGGCUGGCUUCUUUUACACGGGCCUGUCGGACUGGGUGCAGUGCUUCCACUGUGGCGGCGGACUGUUUGCCUGGCGGAGGAACGACGACCCGGCGGCGGACCACGCGCGCUACUACCCAUGGUGCCCCUUCAUCAGGACGGUGACCGGCAAGGCGCGGGAGCAGUGGCCGUGGGGCGACAACAUGCCGCCGCCGGCAGUCAUCAGACCCAUUGACCUGUCCAGGCAGGAAGAGGACCUGCUGCUGGCCCACCCCCUGGCCAAGAGGCUGGUGGAGAUGGGUCUGACGCCCGGCUCCGUGAAGGCGGCGCUGAAGGGCAGGCUGGAGCGGACGGGACGGUUCUGCCUGGAGGUGUCCGAGGCCCUGGAGCUAGUCUUUGACUACGAGGAGAACAAAAGAAGCACAAGAGGCUUUGUGGCGGACUCUGGCCUUCGGGAGGCCGCCACGACGCCCAUGGAGACAACCUCUGUGCAGGAGGCCGCCGUCGGGGGCGCGGCACAGCUCGUCAAGGAGAUGAGGGCCAAGACCCAGCGGCUCAGGCAGGAAGUAACGGAUCUUGAGCGGCAGCUGGAGGAGGAGAAGCGUCGUCUGGUGUGUCGGGUGUGCAAGGAGCGGCGCGUAGAGGUGGUGCUGCAGCCGUGUUCCCACCUUCACCUGUGUGCCCCGUGCGCGCGCCCGCUGGACCGAUGCCCCACCUGUGACGCGGCGGUGAGGGGCACGCUGCGGCCUAUCCUGGGGUAGCGUGGCUUGUUAGGUGGUUCUGUAGUGAGGAACAGGAGGAAAAGGAGCAGGAGAAUGAGGAGGAAAGA